AUGCACAAUCAAGGCUCAAGAAAUCACAGCUUCGUCACUGAGUUUAUCCUCUUGGGCUUCUCCAGAAAUCCCAGGACCAAUUGGAUCCUUUUCUUCCUCUUCCUCUUCCUGUAUUUAUUCACAGUCUUGGGCAAUGGGCUCAUUGUUACCCUGAUCAGAGUAGAUGCACGUCUCCACACACCCAUGUACUUCUUCCUCAGUAUCCUCUCUCUGCUGGAUCUCAGCUAUGCCACCACUACAGUGCCCCAGAUGUUGGUCCAUCUGAUAAGCAAAAAUAAGACCAUCUCUUAUGCAGGGUGUGUGGUUCAGAUGUACAUUUUCCUGACCCUAGGCAUCACUGAGACCUGGAUUUUUGCAGCAAUGGCUUAUGACAGAUAUGUUGCUAUAUGUCAUCCACUCCACUAUGGGGUCCAGAUGAGCCAAACUCUGUGUGUACUCCUAGCAAUCAGCUCUGCCCUUUGUGGACUUAUCUGUGCCCUUGUCUACACAGUCUUUGCAAUGAAUCUUCCCUACUGUGGCCCUAAUGAAAUCAACCACUUCUUUUGUGAAAUUCCUGCUGUUUUGAAGUUAGCCUGUGCGGACACAUCCCUCAAUGACCAAGUGGACUUUAUCUUGGGUUUCAUCUUGCUUCUGAUCCCACUAUCCCUGAUCCUGGCCUCAUACAUUCGUAUCUUCACUGCUAUUCUAAAGAUUCGUUCCACCCAAGGGCGGAUCAAGGCCUUCUCCACCUGUGCUUCCCACAUCACUGUGGUCACCAUGUUCUGUGUUCCAUGCAUGAUCAUGUAUAUGAGGCCUGGCUCUGAAGCCUCCCCAGAUGAUGACAAGAAGUUGGCCUUGUUCUACAAUGUCAUUUCAGCCUUUCUCAAUCCCAUUAUUUAUAGCCUCCGGAACAAAGAUGUGAAGAGGGCUUUCUUCAGGUUAUUUAGAAUGAGUGAGGACGCUCAAUAG